AUGAAGACCUACAACCAACAGAUCCUACAACAUCGCCAAGAUGAGAGUAACACAACUUUUAUCAAGGUAAGAGAAAAUCAAAAAUGAGUCAAGGAAUUUUUAAUCGUUUCUCAUUAAAAAACGGAAAAAAAAAUAUUUCAAAUUUUUUUGAGAAAAUAACAUUUUCAAAAAAUGUUUAUUUAUCCUUCAGGGAAAAGAAAUUUUACAUCAAACCACAUCCUACGAGCUUGUACGGAGAGAAGACAAAGGCGAAGUGAAGAUAACUAGAUUAACCAACCAACCAACCAUGGAUCCAUCAACAGAACGUCGACAUGCCUGAUCAACAAAACAAUUACGAAAAUGCGAAAGUGAUUAGUAUAUAUGUAAGUGAUGUUAUAAAACUUUUGAAAUACAUGAAUGCCGGAAUUUCUCGCUUUUUCAAUCCUAAUAUAACUAGUCCUUUGUAGGAUUGCAUUGAAAAACAUACACUCGCGAGUUUUUCAAAAACUUCAAAUUGCUCUCGUACUUCAGACUCGUGCAAUUUUGAUCGUCUUUGAAACUCACUCCUGUAUUUUUUUUCAAAUUGUACUCGAAACCGUACAAAUACCUAUACCUAUACCAACAACUAUAAUUCCAAAACGUUGUUUCGAUAUAUCAUGCACGAUCAUUAAUUAUUUCGCGUUCUUUCACCAGGUAGGAAUUUUGUCCGCGCUGGUCAAUAAGUUUUGGCGCAUUCGAAAAGUUCUUUUAAACGUUUUUGAGUUUUUUCUGGCCGUUUCUGGUGAACAGCAGAUUCGCAAAAAUGUAAACUUGUUUCGCAAAAAUGUACUGGACCUUUCUUCGUUCACUUGUCGAAGUAUUUUUGAUAGGAAAAUUCGCGAUUUUCCGUUGGAAACGUUUCCCUUCCUUCCCAACGAAGCAUUAAAUAACAAUAUUUUUCCAGUAGCAAAACUAGGCCAAAAAACAAAUAAAAUGCUCAAAAAUCAAAUGUAAUAUUUACCCGCCCCGAGUCUCUUAUCUGUUCACCGCGUCAAUUUUGACGCGUGUGUUGACAAAAUUCCUACCUUUGUGUUGUUCCAACAAGAAGUAAUAGCGGACUGCAUGAUGGCAACAUACACAAAUUCGUCCCCCCCCCCCCCCCUCCCCCGUCACUGGAUAUUAUACCCUCCGACAUGGUGUGGUUGCCGUAACGUCAGAUGAAAACAUGAAACACUGUCAGCCUGGACCUUGACCUUCUACUUUUAGUUUCGGCGCUUUGGUGGUGAGGCGAGGAUUGGCAGUAGCAUGUGACGUCACACUUACCAAAUGCUAGCCCAAAAUUGACCAAAACCUGCCGAGUAAAGGGCCUAAGUCUAGGCAUGGAUAAUAAAAUACAAUUUUACAAUCCAUGGUCUAGGCUAUCAUCGACAUUAUUAAUUAUAUACAUCAAUAAUAUUAAAUGUUAUUUGAAACAUGAAAUACUACGCAUUUCAAAAUUGAUAUGAUUAUGGGAUAAUAAAUGCCGUUGAAUUGGCGCCGAAGCCUAAAAUAUUGACGGCAAUUUUUUGUCUACGAUAAUUUGGUAAAAUUGUGAGGACUGGAUAUCUGACAGAAAAUCCUGGCAAUUUAUAUAGACAUUUUAAAGUCUCUUUUCUACCAAAUAUCAAUCAACCCCUUAACAUGAUUCGAUCCUAUUUCAUGGACUCAUGGUACUUUUUUAAUUUCAAAAGGUGAAGUGAUGAAAUGUUUAUGUGAUGAAAAGAGAUGAUGAAAAGACCAAAAAGAACCACUCACGAAUGGCAUGGAGCCAAGAAAAGAAUGACGAUUCGCAACAAUCAGAAACAACAACAUUGCUAAUAUGAAAGUAACGAAACAUUUUACCAAUGUAAGUUAGUUAAAGACAAAAUACUUAUUUAAAGAUCAAAGGGG